AUGGGGCGCGGGCGCCAGACCUACUCGAUUUGUGCGACCUGCGGAGGCUGGGUCUACGACUGGAAGCUGGAGAGGUCAGGAGGGUGGUGCAACAAGUGCCAGGCAGUCAUGCCGGGGUGGAAGCCUAUGGCCCCAGGCACGACGGCGGCGGACAAGGGCAAGAGCACAGGCAAGGGGCCCCCCUGGCGCAAGCCGACGGCGGUCCAUGGCACGCUGGCGGAGCUCAGCAGCAUGCUGGAGCGUGUCGAGUCCCUCACGGCGCAGAUGGCGCCGCAGGUGGACCUGGGGCCCGUCAAGGCGGUGCAGUCGCAGGAGCUCGAGCUGCGGCAGGCGAUCAACAAGCUCAACCGCUGCCAGCUGGAGGUGGACAGCUCCGCGGCGGCCCUGCAGGAGGCGGAGGACCACGUCAUGCAGCUGCGCACUAAGAACCAGAAGGCCAUCGAGGAUGCAGCAGACGCGGUGCUGGAGCAUAAGCGCGCGCUGGCGGCGUACCAGGCGGAGACCGCGGACUGGCAGGCACCUGCGGUCGGGGACCUCUUCGAUGACCUGGACGAGUAUGAGGAGGAGGACAAGGCCAAGCUGGUCAAGUUCAAGGCAGACAUGGAGGCGCUGGACAAGCUGCUGCAGGCAGCUGCAGGGCAAUUUCGGAAGUUCAGCGAGCUCAAGCAGCAGGCGGACCGUUUCAGACGGCAGGCACAGAAGAAGCGCAAGACCACGGAGGAUGAGACCAAGAACGACGCGCAGGAGGCCCAGGAGCAGAAACGCGAGCGGAAGGAGGUCAUUGACAAGAUCAAGCAGCAAGCCGAGCACAAGGUCAGGGGCGCCAAGGCCAAGACCGCCCCCACGGCGUACAGGGACGCGGCCCAUAAGUUCAUCACGGAAGAAGGCAAGCAGAAGGACAUCAUUGUGAUGUGCGAGACGCACGUGGAUAGAGAGCGACUGGAGCAGGUACGUGAAGUGGUGGCACGAGAUGGUUGGAAGCUACAGGGCACGGCGGCGGUGCCCACAAAGCGGUCUGAGAAGGGCACCUCGGGGGGCGAGUUCAUAAUGGCCAGGACUCACCUUGCAUGCACUGGAUACGACCUGCUGAGGAAGCGCAUCGUGGACAACGGAGACGUCGACCCGUUCAGGGGCUUCGCGGCACUCAAUGUCCACACGCGCUCGGGCAACGUCAUCCUGAUCUCGGCCUACCUGGUUCCAGGCGAAGGUUUCACAGGGUCGAAUUACCACAGACCUCAGAAGGCGGCGGACCCUGACUCCAAGACGAGCAAGAGGAAGCAGGAAGCGCAGCGACGUCGGCAGCAGGCCCUGGAGGAGCACUUGCAGGAGGCGUACGAGGAUGCGAUGAUACUCGAGCAGCAUGUCCCCGACAGCCAGGGCGCACCAGUGCGGAAGAUGCCCUACUGCGUCUCGGAGGAGCUCUGGGAGCAGAUUGGGAUCGUGGAGCACGAGAUGGAGCUGUCGGAGGAAAUGCACAUCAUAGGGGAGAAGAUGAUCACCAGAGGCACGAAGCACCAGAAGGAUGAGUACCAGUUGACGCAGCAGUAUGGACGGUGGGUCGCCAAGGUGGAGGAGGCGUUCAUCAGGCACGAGCAGCUGGACGAGCAGGAGGCGCAGGGCUGCCAGGGGCGCGCAGCUGGCUUUGAUAUACGAUGGGUGCGAGCAAAACCCACGCCAGGCAGAACUCACAUGCGGUAUGGCCCUGCGGAAGAAUGGAGUAUACUGGCAGCAGAUUUGGUCAGAUAUCAGUCACUAUUUGCGAACGGCACCGACGGACAGCAGCAGAGAAUGUGCGUGACACGCGUACAGAAGCAGCUUGGAGUACUGAGAGGAUUGCCGCGGAAGGACGCCUUCAGCAAGAAUGUGACUGAGGCCAGCAGAGAGAUGUAUUUCGACAUGGCAUCCGACAUAUGGCAGAUGGACGAGGGGCAGCUAGCGAAUCUGGUGGCCCAGACAGAGAAGCACUUGGCGGUGGCGUCGUCCAGAUCCAUGACCACGGCUCGGAAGAACUUCGCCACCUGGGCAAAAAAGGUAUGGCAGACCAAGGCGGGCAUCCUGCACAGGCAUGUCAAGCCCAAGGACGCGCCCCGUUAUGAGAUGGCCAUCAGAGACGACUUCGCCACAGCCGACCCCACCAUCAUCAUGAACACUAAGGCAGGGAAGUGGGAGACCAUCUGGACGGACCCCGUGGACAGUCGAGCUGACAUCAUUGAGCAGUUGGAGCGCACCAAGCGAAGAGCGUGGGAGGAAGACCUAGACCCCAUAGACAUGGACAUGCUCAAUAGUGCGCUCCGAGCAACAUCGGCAUCCAAAGCGAAAGGUCUGGAUCAGCUUGGCCCCACGGAUAUUGACAGACUUCCUGGCCAG